UCCAGAUGGGCGUACCACGGAGCAAUGAAUAUUUGAUCCAACGUUUCAGUGAUAUGCGCAGGAGCACGACACAUACCACACUCCAGGCCGAUUUGGUUGAAGAAGUUUGGGGAGCUAUUGGGGAAGGCCGCCUAUAGUGGAUGGUCUUAUCGCCGCCGUCUCCCGUUGUAUGCCAUGGCGGAACUCCACCUGGAGGCAGGAGCAAUGAGCUCAGCAGAAACAGUAGGAAGCAAAAUGGCGGCGCGCUGGGGAACGUCAUUGAAGUCGUGAAGAAGGAUGUGAAGUUUAUGGGAGAUGGCUUGAGCAGAGGAUUGGAAGUAGUGCAUAAGGAUGUGAAGUUUAUAGGUGAUGGUUUGAGCAAAGGAUUGGAGUGGGCGAAUAAGGCAUUUCGGAUUCCAGAGGCUUCGAAGACGGUGGAGGAUUUUGUGUGGCUGCGAAAUGUGGAGGAUCCCCAGGCGGCGGCGCUCCGGUUUCCGUCGUGGAUGUUGAUUUGGUUUUAUAACUAUUUAGGAGGUGUUUGGCCUGCUUGUUGGUUUGGUUUUAAAGCAAUCGCAUGGUGUUUAAGAUAGGCAAGCGGUUCUCAAGAAUUUAUAAACUAAAAGUAUUUGGAUACAAAGAGAAAUGGUAGUUAGAUAGUGAGAAUUUUGAGUUCGAGAGUGUGGGAAUUGAAAUUUGACUGGUAUGUAAAAAUAACUAAUUAUAAUACAAUUAUUUUUGUAAAUUAAUUGUUAAUUUAUAAGAUAUGAAAAAUAAGUUGUUGGUAUUGGUA